AUGCACCUUCUUGAGCAACUUCUCGGCGUUCUUGCCGUCAGCUUGACGCUCCCACUGCCCACUUCUGCCAUGCUAAUGCAUAGCGAAAGUGAACAGAAACGAAACAGCAGCUUCCGGUUCACGGGGGUGAGCGAGUCCGGGGCCGAAUUCGGUUCCGGCAAGAUCCCGGGAACGGUGAACACGGACUACGUUUGGCCAGUCAGCUCCAGUAUUGAUACACUGAUGGAGAAAGGCUUCAACACUUUUCGGGUUCCUAUACUGAUGGAGCGAGCCAUUCCUACUCAGAUGUCGGGCACAAUCGACGAGAGCUAUUUUCAGAAUCUCGAAAAGAUCAUAACCUAUAUUACCGGAAAGGGAGCUUAUGCCGUCAUUGACCCUCAUAACUUUGGACGGUACAAUGGAAAUAUCAUAAGCAAUGUCGCUGCCUUUGAGGCAUGGUGGUAUACCGUUGCCAAAAGGUUCCAUACCAACAGCAAAGUUAUCUUUGAUACCAACAAUGAGUACCAUGACAUGGACAACAACCUUGUCGCCUCAUUGAACCAGGCCGCCAUUAAGGGAAUACGCGCAUCGGGCGCAACGACCCAAUACAUUUUCGUCGAGGGCAAUAUGUGGUCAGGGGCCUGGCAUUGGAUCUCGAGCGGCACAUCAACCGGCAUGGGCACCCUCGUCGAUCCGUCGAAUAAGAUCAUUUACGAGAUGCACCAGUAUCUCGACACGGACGGUUCCGGCACUUCGACCGACUGUGUAAGUGCCACGGUUGGCAGCGAGCGCCUCGCAGCUGCCACCAAAUGGCUCAAGGACAACAAGAAGAUCGGAAUUCUCGGCGAAACGGCCGGUGGAGCGAACAGCCAGUGCAUCUCUGCCCUGCAGGACAUGUUCCGCUACAUGGAGAAGAACACCGACGUAUGGGCCGGCUGGCUUUGGUGGGGAGCCGGCCCGUGGUGGGGACCCUACAUUUACAGCAUGGAGCCACCCAGUGGCGUGGCUUAUACUGGGGUGCUGCCCAGUAUCACCCAGUUCAUCUAA